UUGCAAGAUCAUUUAUCCCACACGCUCAACGGUUUAGGCCAGGGGUCUCCAUUUGUUCCCUCCGAGAGCUACUUGGUGGCAUGGGCUGACGGUGUCGAGAGAGAGUGUGAUGUCGUGCUCGGAAAAAGUGUGCGGUGCCAGUUUCCCGGAGCUGAUACGUUGCAAGCGGGAUGGCGGACAGCUUUCCAAGCAGGAGAUUCGUUCUUUCGUACAUGGGGUCAGGUCUGGGAGCAUCCAGGAGGGCCAGAUAGGUGCUAUGUUGAUGGCGAUUUGGCAGAAAGGUAUGGUUGCAGAGGAGACCAUGGCUUUAACCCAAGAGAUGAUGCUGUCAGGAGAAGUUCUGCAGUGGUCAAAGGCCUGGGAGGGGCGUGUGGUUGAUAAGCACUCUACGGGUGGUGUCGGUGACAAGGUCAGCCUGCCCCUUGCCCCAGCCCUGGCUGCCUGUGGCUGUAAGGUGCCUAUGAUAAGUGGACGAGGGCUUGCCCACACAGGGGGGACUCUGGACAAGCUUGAGUCCAUUCCUGGAUUUACAGUCCUCCAGCCAGUGGAGAAGGUCCAUCAGAUCUUGGAGGAUGUUGGCUGUUGCAUUGUUGGUCAGACAGAAACUCUUGUGCCUGCAGACAGAGUUAUGUAUGCAAUGAGAGACGCCACAUCCACAGUAGACAGUCUACCACUCAUCACAGGGUCUAUCCUAUCUAAGAAGGGGGCAGAAGGUCUGGAUGCUUUAGUGUUGGAUGUGAAGUUUGGCAAAGCAGCUUUGUAUAAGGACUUACACAGUGCUCGUAGUCUUGCACAGUCAAUGGUAACCGUUGGCAACAGUAUGGGCAUACGAACAGGGGCGGUGCUUAGCCGUAUGGAUGCACCGAUUGGCCGUCUGGUGGGAAACACAUUGGAGGUGUGUGAGGCACUUGAGUGCUUAAAGGGACGUGGACCCGACGACCUGCAAGAGCUGGUCACUUCUUUGGGUGGGUACCUGCUAUGGAUGAGCGGGCAAGCUGCAUCUUUGGAAAAAGGACAGAAAGCACUGACUGAGGUCCUACGGAAUGGGGCAGCCUUGCAGAAAUUCGAGGCCAUGCUACAGGCCCAGGGGGUGUCCGCGGAUAUCGCCCGAUCCCUCUGCUCUGCACAGUGUGAUUACUUCCUCCAUCUGAGGCCAGCCGAGCAUAAGACGGAGCUGACAGCACAGAGUGACGGUACAGUGAUCGACAUUGAUGGCAUGGUGGUAGCUCAAGUGCUCCACAAAUUAGGAGCAGGACGCACAAAAGCUGGGGAAAACAUCAACCACAGUGUGGGGGCAGAGGUUCUUGUUAACCUGGGGCAGAAGGUUAAAAAAGGAGAACCUUGGCUCCGGAUCCACUACGAUGGCCAGCUGGAUGCACAGCAACACUCUGACCUGCAGGCGGCCUUGCUAAUUGGCAAGGCUGACAGUUACCAUGCCAACCCUCGGGUGGCCGAAUUUAUUCUUCCUCAGUGAUACUGCAUUUUAGCUUAGGACCUUCCCCCUUCCCCAUGGGAUUUGGGACAGUUGCACUCAAGACAUCCAUAAUUCAAGACUUUAAAAUAUAUUACCAAAUGUU